UCCUUCACUCAAUAUUAAUGCUUUCCUUUUCAACAUCCCUUUGCCUUCCUUUUCAACUGUCCUAUAUAUGUAUAUUCUCCAUAUAAACUCAGCUUCAGCUUCCCCAACCUCAUCUAUAUAUAGACCUUCGAGCUUCCCAUAGCAUUAAUAUCACCAUCAUAACUGUAUAUAGAUAGUUGUCGUUUUCCUGUUAUUCUUUCUCCAACAAAUCUCUGCUUUGCCCUCUCUUUAUCUCUGCCUGACUAAAAGUUAUUUUCCCUCUUGUAUCUUAGCCUUGCAUGAAAGCUUGAGAUAUGGAAUCAGUUUCAGUUUCUUUGCAUGUUGUAAUGUUUCUUUCCGUUAUACUAAGCUUAACCUUUGUCGACGGGGCUAUUCCAACUACACUUGAUGGACCCUUCAAGCCUGUGACAGUCACUCUUGAUAAGAGUUUCCGUGGCCAUGCCGUAGACUUGCCUGACACUGAUCCUCGAGUUCAAAGGCCUGUUAAAGGUUGGCAGCCUGAGCAAAUCAAAGUCUCUCUCUCUACAAACUAUGACUCAGUCUGGAUAUCUUGGAUUACAGGGGAAUUUCAAAUAGGCGAUGAUGUAAAACCACUGGAUCCAGAAAGUGUGGCAAGCGUUGUUCGAUAUGGCAUGUUGAGAUUCCCAUUGACUCAUCGAGCAAUGGGCCAUUCCCUUGUUUAUAGCCAACUUUAUCCUUUCCAAGGCCUCCGCAACUAUACCUCUGGAAUUAUUCAUCACGUUCGCCUCUCAGGUUUGAAACCUGACACCUUAUAUUUCUAUCAAUGUGGAGACCCUUCCAUCCCAGCAAUGAGUGAUGUCUACUAUUUUAGAACAAUGCCAGUUUCUUGUCCAUGGAGUUACCCUGCAAGAAUUGGAGUGGUUGGAGACCUGGGGCUUACUUAUAAUACAACUUCAACAAUUGGUCACCUGAUGAGAAAUGAUCCUGAUCUUGUCCUGUUAGUUGGGGAUGCAAGCUAUGCAAACCUGUAUCUAACCAAUGGAACUGGUGCUGAUUGCUACUCCUGCUCCUUUCCUAAUAGCCCUAUUCAUGAAACCUAUCAGCCUCGUUGGGAUUAUUGGGGAAGAUAUAUGCAGCGUCUAGUGUCCAAAGUUCCGAUAAUGAUGAUAGAAGGGAACCAUGAGAUAGAAGAACAAGUUGGGAAGCAGACAUUUGCAGCUUACAGUGCUCGAUUUGCAUUUCCAUCCGAAGAGAGUGGAUCAUCAUCGACGUUCUAUUAUUCUUUUAAUGCAGGUGGCAUACAUUUUGUGAUGCUAGGCGGUUACACCAACUAUAACAAAUCAGGGGAUCAAUACCGGUGGUUACAGAAGAACCUUGCUAAAGUUGACAGAAAUGUAACUCCAUGGUUGGUUGCUACAUGGCAUCCUCCUUGGUACAGCACCUACGCUGCACAUUAUAGAGAAGCAGAGUGUAUGAGAGUGGCAAUGGAAGAAUUAUUAUACAAGUAUGGAGUUGACAUAGUCUUCAAUGGACAUGUUCAUGCCUACGAGAGGUCAAACCGAGUGUAUAAUUACAGCUUGGAUCCCUGUGGUCCUGUACAUAUUGCAAUUGGUGAUGGUGGCAACCGAGAAAAAAUGGCAAUUACACAUGCUGAUGAACCUGGGAACUGCCCGAAACCAUCAACCACUCCAGAUAAAUUCAUGGGUGGGUUUUGCGCAUUUAACUUCACAUCAGGCCCAGCAGCUGGUAGAUUCUGCUGGGACAGGCAGCCUGAUUAUAGUGCAUACAGAGAAAGCAGCUUUGGCCAUGGAAUUCUAGAGGUUAAAAACGAGACUCAUGCUCUCUGGACUUGGUACCGCAAUCAAGACGCUUAUGGCACUACCGGUGAUGUGGUAUAUAUAGUAAGGCAACCUGAUAGGUGCCCUGUUGAACCAGAGGGAACUCCAGGUUAUAACCGUAGAGGAUGAGCACAGACUCCCAAAGCACAACCUAUUAGUAUACAGAAAGAUUGAAAAGCAAAUAAUCAAAAAAUUAAAAGGAUCAUUUCAUUGUUAGAGUCUCCCGUAUACUUGCAGUACAUGAAUAAAAAUUGAU